GGCGGCUGCCCCUGGUAUGAAAACGCCGUGGAGGGGGGCUAGAAGGAAAAGUCUCCGACGGCCGGCGGGGCGGGGCCCGGUUCUUCUGCUGGUGACGCCUAAUUUUAGCUGUAAAUCAGGCCAAUUUCACACAUGAAAAGCCCGUAUCAUUUAAGGCCUACAUUCAGGUGGUGUUUUUGAAGUUUAUGAAUCAACGUUUCUUUAAAAUUUUGCUGUUUAAAACAAACGGAGAUUAUGCCUUGUCUGGAAGUUUCUAUCAUUGUGUUAUUUACAAAACAUUUUUACACGGAGGAAAUUGUUUCUAAUUUUAAGGUCCUCAGUCACACCUUUCCUGGAGAUGUAGCUAACUAGAGUGUGUCCAGCCGUGUAUGAGCAAGUUUAUAACGGCUUUGAACCGACCUCCUAAGAUAGUUUUCAACACAAGCCUUUCUACAAACGUGGUUUCCUAAACUGUGCUGCUCACAGUUAUCAAGCCAAACAAUUACUGAAUCUGUCCAUAUUGCAGCAAAUGUGGACAGACCUGGACAGAAACUCAAAUAUAAAGUGAUAGGACCAAAAUAGGUGUAGAUUUAAGUUGCACGUCAAAGGUAGUCCAGACACACCGGCUCCCGAGGCAUCUGACAGAAUGGAGGGUGGGUGCUCUGGUGGCUGGCUGGAGCCAGUCAGCAACUCCAGGCGCUGGGAGAGCUGCUCACAUAUGUAGCCAAGGCGGAAUUAAAUGAGAGGCUAUGAUGUUUCCACAAUGUCAACAGCAAAAACAAGAACAGCAAAAUCCCGGAUGGGUCCACGUCCCCUCCAGCCAUCCUGGCCAGCUGGGAAGGCAAGCAGACUGUGCGUAGGUCGGUGCGAUGAGUUGAACAGGUGCCAUACUUGUGAGCUUAGAGGACAUCCCAGAAAUAAACACAAUGGACAUGGGUGACAUCGAAUGGACUCAACCUUCCCAGUAACUGUCACGGAGGCCUCCAGAAAAAGCAAAGAAAUCACGAGGUGCUUCAAGAAAACUGCAGUCCCUGGAGAGAUGAAAAGCUGUGGGGAAGUUCUAUCCUGACAAGAGAGAGGGAGAUUUCACACGUAGGGGUUUGCUCAAGGCUGGAGGCCAGCGGCUUGGCGAAGCCUCUCCCCAUACAGUGGCGUUGGAGGUAGGAGCCCACUGGUGAACAAAAAGCUAAAGGCUAACCCUGCCAUGUGGAGAGUGGGGAUACUGGACGGCUGCUGGGUCUGCUGGAUUCGGAAACAAGUCCUGUAUCGUCCUCUGGGAGCCAAAGUCCUACCAGUCUCAGGUCCAACCUCUGCAGGGUGUACACAGAGGCUGUCACGCACUGACUUUGGACGAGGGAGUGGGAAUGGAGGCGGGGCGGGGGUGUCGUUGCUGCAGCAACGGGUGGGUGCGGCUAAGUUCUGUCUCCAUGGAGACCAUGCGGGCUGAAUGCCAUUACUAAAGGUGAACGCACCCCGAUGGAAGACCAAGGUCCAGAAGGAGCCCAUGAGUAAAGGUUGGCUAGUGCCCCGACCCCUGACUCAGCCUCCUCCAAUAUCGUGACCCUGAGACACGUCCCACACCUCUAGUACAUUCGGGCCAGGGGAGAGGAACAGCCCAGCGGGAGGAGCGGGCAGGGGUCGGUGCCCUCACACAUCCCUGUGCCCCAGGCCCCAAUCCAUGGCUCCCAAGAAGAAGCGCGGGCCCAGCUCGGGUCGCUGGCCAGGCGCUGUGGGCAAAGGCACCGAGCCGCCGCUGUCGGAGCGCCCACAGAACCUGCAGCGCCAGUACAAGCUGCUCUCGGAGCAGCUGGACGCAUGCGAGGAGCGUGUGGACCAGAUGCUGCAGGAGAACGUCUUCCUGGACAGCGAGGCGCUGCGCCUGCGCGAGGAGAACCGGCUGUUCGCCAGCUAUGUGAAGGCGCGCUCGCAUCGCUGCGCCAACGCCAUCGUUCGUCUGGACGAGCAGAACCGGGUAGAUCUGACGCAGAUCCACCGGCAGCGAGACCAGCUGGCGUCACUUUACCGCGGGCGCGAGGACGGGGUGCGCGCGCAGCUGCUGGAGAUGGAGGCACGCGCGGCCCAGAUGGCGCGGCAGGUGCAGGAGCUGCAGCCCUACCAGGAGCUGCAGCUGGAGCAGCUGGCCCGCAUCCGGGCGCUUGAGCGCGAGCUGCUGCACAUGCGCGCGGAGCACACGCAGCUGCUCCGCCGCGUGAAACGACGCUUCCUGGAGGACAAGGCGGCCUUUGAGCGUGAGGCGCGCCAGCGCAUGCAGUCCCUGGCGCGGCGGGCGGAGCGGGAGGCGACCGGCGCGCUCAUCGCGCACACGCAGGCCCUCAAGACGGACAAUGGGCGUCUGCGACAGGAGCUGUUACGGCUGAUCCGCGGAGCCCAGCUGCUGCACAACACGAGGCGCCAGCUGCUGGAGCAGCGUGAGCAGCUGCGGCGCGAGCACGAAGACACGCGGGACCUGACGCGCGUGCAUGACUGGCUGCGCCGAGGCCCUGGUGGUCCGCCACUGUGGCAGCCGCCUCUGCCGACCGCCUCGCGCCCGUGUUCUUUGGCCUCCUCCACAGGACCAUCGUGCAUGGCCUCCCGGAACCGGUCUCGGGACUCAUGGCGCGUGGCCUCCCGGGGUCAGCCAUUCAUCCCGUCGCGAGUGGGCUCGAGGGUUCCGUUGUUGGCCCCAUCGUGCGCGGGCUCCCAGGUCCGGUCCUUGACUGCAUCCCGCCCGGGCUCCUGGGCCUCUGGGCGGUCCUCAUUGCGUUCGGCCUCACAGAAUACCACUCCCUCUGCUGAGAAAGUGGGCACUGACUCUGUAGCCAAAGCCAUCUCAGCGAGAGCCUGAAACUACUGGAAAGAAAGCCAGUGAGACCAGGGCCUGGAGACAGCGUUGCGCAGGACUGCGCAUUUGGUGAAUGCAAUUGCUAAUAAAGGUGUGACCCUCUCACGCUGCUGGGUACCACCUGUUUCGCUGCUCCGGCAUGUCUGCCUAGCAGAGGGCCAUUCAUUCCCGCUUCCGGUGUCUAAGCUAAACGGUAGCUUGCUGCACCUUCACCCUGUGUGUGGAGGUAUUCAGCACCCCUCUACUCCGCAGCUGACCUCUGGCCGCUCCGGCAGGGGCAGAGGAGGUCGGCCAUACCAGUGUGCGGCCCACAAAGGCUAAGCGUCUGGUGGCGGAGAAGGACCUGGCAGGCGUAGACCAAUGUAAGAGCAGGGAAGGAGUCCGGCGGUGCGGGGACGAGCUGGGCAGGCAUGUGUUGUAGCCCCGAGGGCCAGCGCGGAGGGAGAUGAGGGCAGGAGGGCCACCGGGAGGGCGUGGGCUUCGUUCCCAGUGCCCUGGGGAGCCACCGGAGGUUUUAUGUUUAACAUACUGGGUGGACCUUGGGUGAUUCUUAAUUUUGGUAUAAUUUCCAAUUUGGAGAAAAGUUGCAAUUAUAGUACAGGAACUCCCAUAUUCUAUUUACCGAGAAUCACCAGAAUCUUGCAUUCUGCCCCUUUGCUGUGUCUGCAUUUUGCCUGAACCACUUUAGAUUAGGUUUGAAACAUGGUGCCCUCUUCACCUCUAAAUCUUUAGUGUUUGCUGAGCGCAAGGACAUUCUUCAUUACUGCAGUACAGUGACCCAAAUCAGGAGCUUUAGUGUGGAGAGAAUAGUAUUAGCUAAUCCCUAGCUCACAUUAAAAUGUCAACUGUCCCAAGGUGUCUUUUUGACCACCCCUCUGCCUGGGUCAUGCAUCCCACUUAGUUGUCCCAAUGUGCAUGGACUGCUUAUUAAGACAUCCCUCAGUUGUGGUUUGUAUCCGGGAGGUUGGGUGGCUUUCUGGGGAGGCCAGGCACCCUCCCACCUCUGCACCCUCCACACUGGCCUGAGGGGUAAGGACUUCAUCCCGAGAGCAGAGGGAAGGGUUUCUUAAAUGAUGGGUCUUUGGAUGUGGGUUGGAGAGAAGACUUGGGGUGGCCUGGCCUUUGAGGUGGCUACAGCUUGGCUGGAGUGGCCAGCACUUGCAGGCAGCGCGGGCUGUGCAGGGAAGACCCUGCUUUGGGCCAAGGCCACACAUGCCCAGGUAGUGGAGGCUGGAGUGCAGAGCGCACAUAACGUAGAGCUCUCCGUCACCAAGGGCAGGGCAUAGUGUGGGUGAGUCACACAGAGUUGGCAGAAGCCCCACCCCACCUUACUCAGUGGUUGGGGUCUGAACACAUGUGACCUGUAUGCCUGGACAACCCCCAUCAAAAUUUAGUGUGAAAGUUCUGGUUCUUGGUUGGAAUUCUCCUGAGUUGUGAGCAGCAGCCAACAAAUCCUCUUGGAAAAGGUCACUUGGAACCCAAGCCAGUAAAAGUUCUUAUAACCAUUUCUCUAUAAAUGGAACUAGAGCUCCUUUGAGAUUUGGGGAAGGAAAUAAUACAGAAUGACUCUAGAACAUCUUGUCACAGAAAGCAAGGUUGCCACCAGAGAAAUUUGUCAGAAGGACAGGGUAGAAAAAGUGAAGGGCUCUGAUUGGCCAAAAAGCAACAAUUUAGGCAUAAAAAAAAUGAUGAACUGUAUUGAAUCAAAGACAGUACACAUCAAACACAUAAAACCCAUGAGUUUAAAAUACUCUAAAAACCCACCCCCACUGGUCAUCUUGAAGGUUGCUAAUAUAACACAUUAUUUUUUAAAACUGGUAAAUAAUUACAUGUCUAUUCUGUCUUUCCCAUAUGAACGAUAUUUCAGGAUAAAUUGUUGGUGAAGGAAAGUUAUGUAUAGAAUUCCAUCUAAUAAAUGCAAAAGAAACACUCAACAAUAUCAUGACUGCUAAGGACUGAGAAGGAUAAUGGGGGAUCCAGCUGACCUAAACUCUAAGUUUACUCAGUGAGAUAUUAAGUACAUCCUGGUGUGAAGCAAUGGAAUCAGCACAGAGCGACCUAUAGAGCGUUCUUGAUUAGAAACAGAACUGAUACAAUCAAGCUUGUAGAUCUAACUGCCGAUACACACAGAAUACAGGGGACAGCGGGACAUGUUCAAAUACACAGCUGAUAAGCAGUCAUCCAAAUCCUCUACAGGACAAAUGACUCAGUAAAAAUAAAUGGAAAAGAGUGAAAAAAUAGAGAGGGGAAAUUGUCAUUAACAGAGACUGAAGACACAAUUCCACUAAAUGUAACGUGGACUUUAUUCAACCCCCAAUUUGUAGGGUUAAAUCGAGUUUCUCGGUGACGACCAAGCUGAUAAACAGCAGCACGCUCUCUACAUCCUCUUCCCGGGCGCUGCUGGCAGCUGAAAUGCUCAUCUCUCUUCUUUCCGCACCCCCAGUUUCUAUAGUCUAGGUCACUGCUUUCCAUGAAAUAGCUCCCAUGAAUAGUUUUGUCACUUUUACUUUAUGUAUUUUGAAGCAAUUACUAGUUGCAUACAAAUUUAAAGCUACUAGCUCUUUUCUGUGAAUUUAACCUUUUGUCAACCUGCAGUGUUCUUUACUUCUGCCCACAUCCUGUUUGAUGUUAAUGUAGCUGCUCCAGCUUUCUUUUGGUUUGUCUUACAUACCCCCUUUCUAUGAGUAUCAAUUUUGUAUUUCAGUAUAGAAACAGUAUAAAUGGUUUGUAUGUUUUUGAAUACAACAUGACAGCCUUGGUCUUCUAACUACACAUUGUAGUUAUUUUAUAUUGAUUGAUAUGCAGUAUUAAUAGCAGGAUGGCUUUUUACUGAUUUAUACUUUGUGUAUUAUCUUUCUCUCUUUUCAUGUUUCAGUUGAAACCUUCCCCCAUUCCAUUUGUUUCUCUACUUGAGUGGUAAUCUAACAAUUGAGAAAUAUUAACAUAUACAUUUAAGCUCAUCGUUUAUGAAGACAGUAUCUUUACCCUCCUCCCAACCCUAAGAAUGCUUUAAAUUUCUACCAUACCUUCUUGGCUUAGAACCUAUUGACAAGAUUACUCACCAAUUAGACAUUUUUACUUUGUGAAAAUUCAUCCACUUGCACAUGUACCAUCUGAGACAUAUUUCUAUGUAUGUGAUGCUUUUUAAAACUUUUACAAAGUUUACUUUUAAAAUCCUGCUGGGCUUUUGAUAGUCCUGGUCAUUCUGCUAGUCCCUUAUCCAUGCGCAGCCUUCUGGCUUCUCCCACUAAACAGCUGUUCGAACACCCCUAGUCUGCCCUGUCCAGCUGCUGCCAGGAGAGUUGUUGUAGGGAUGAAGGAGAUCCUGGCCUUGUAGGCCCCUGAGGCUGGGCAACACCCAGCAAAAGAGGGCGCUGAUG